AUGAGGACUGCCCUGCUCUUCAUCUGCCUGCUGGGGAUGGCAUGCGCCUUCUCGGUCAAGAGCUGGCUGCGGCGAACCAAGUCGGACGACUCGGAAGAAAAUGCGGUGUUCAAGAACAGGCACCGGUAUUACCUGUACAGAUACGCCUAUGUGCAUCCCCCGCAGCGACGGUACCAGGGCAGUGACUCAUCGGAGGAAGAGGGGGAAGGCUCGGAGGAGGAGGAAGGGGGGGAGCCAUCCCAUGCUGGCAUCGAGGCAGCUGGCCACACUGCUGGAGCAGCCCCCGGUGACAGCCAGGGCGGGCUGGGAGGAGACGUCGCAUCCCCCCAGCAGGGCAAGGGCUGCCAGGGGCCCCUGAAGGGAGACAGGUACAGUGCUGUUGGCAAGGGCGGCGACUCUGAAAAUGAAGACAGCGACGAGAAUGAGGAGGAGGAGAAGGAGGAAGAAGAAGAGGUAGCUGAGAACGAGAAUGGUGUCAAUGGCACAAGCACCAACACUACCGAGGGGGCAGACGGACCUCACGGCAAUGGCACCGCGGUGGCUGAGGAAGGUACUGGAGCUGCUGAGGAGGAGGAGGAAGAGGAGGAGGAAGAGGAAGAAGAAGAAGAAGAAGAGGAAGAGGAGGAAACCGAGGCCACCACCAUUGCCAGCACCACCGGUGAAGAGGGGCUGUCCCAGGCAACUACCACAGGAGACGUGGGACCCACGGAUGCCACCACAGCUGCGGAGCAGUGGGAGUAUGAGGUGACUGUCGGGGGCCAUGGCCGGGGGGACGAGGGCACCACUGAUGGCAGCUAUGGGGAACAGGAUGAGUACGCCCGUGGGGACAGCUACCGGACCUAUGAGGACGAGUACGGCUACUAUAAAGGGCACGGCUACGAUGUGUACGGCCAGGAUUACUACUACAGCCAGUGA